AUGUUCGAAGCGAGGAAUGUUCUUAACCAGAUUCAUGCCAUCAACCCUACUAAGAGUGUGAUUAGACAGAUUUAUCUUCAGCUGUUACAAGACCAACCUAGAGUUCCAUGGAAAUGUUUCAUGUACCGGAAUGAUGCAAGGCCAAAAUCCAGGUUUACCACCUGGUUGCAGCUACAAGGGAGACUAUUGACGACUGAUAGACUACUAAAAUGGGGGAUAGAUGUGAACUCUAAAUGUUGCCUAUGCCAACUAUAUGAUGAAUCAAGAGAGCACCUAUUCGUGCAGUGCCAACUCUCCAGGAAUAUGUGGGACAGAGCCUUAAAUUGGAUGCAAAGUCAGCCUUACAAUGCUAGUACGUGGGAACAACACUUGAACUGGGCUAUUAGCCGAGCAAAAGGAAAGUCUCAAACAGCUCAGAUAUUCAAAAUGUUGUACACAGAAAUCACUCAUGCCCUAUGUAUUGAAAGAAACUUGAGAAUAUUUGAGAAGAAAAGCAGACCAUGGGAAACCAUUAUGAAGGAAAUCAUCUACGUUAUUUGUGUCCGAGCUCCUCCUAGGAUUCAGAAUAUAGUUCAUAGUCUUAUAUUCUAG